AUAAAGAGUUUUUAACAACAGAAAUCCCAAAUAGAGAGUGAAGCAAGUGGGCAUUUGUUUGGGGUGCUUUAUCACAGUGCUGAUACAAGAGAGGGAUCCCAUAUAUAAAAGGGAGAGAAUCGGAGAGAGAUGUACGUAGUUACCCAAACUUGCACACACACGCUGGAAACAGACAUGGGACCAUGGUCCUGUGCAUAAAUUCGAGCUUUUUCGUGAACGACACGAUCCGAGUCUGCCGCUAUCUCCUUUCUCUCUCCCUCUCUCUCUCUCUCUCUCUCUCUCUCUCGAAAGCUUUUAUCUUCCUUGUUUAGCUUUCUUUCUUUCCUUCUCUUUCUUUCUUUCUUUCUUCUUUUCUUUCUUUCAAGAAUCAAAUGGAAAUGGAAGAUCAAAAUCACCAUAAUCAGUAUAGCAUAGAUCUCAGGCAAUUCAUCAGUGGGAGGCCAACCCACUUCCCUGCCAUCCCACAGCCACCGUCAGCUGAGCUCUUCUCUGCCCACAGGAAUCUGCCACCACAGGCCCACCACUACGACAUGAUGAUGCUGAUGUCUCGGGGUGGUGGUUUACACGACUUCCACUCGGAUUCUACUACUGCUUCUUGUGUCCUUCCUCCUCCUCCGCCUCCUCCUCCUGCUCCUCCUGCUGCUGCUGCUGCUAAUAGUGGUAAUACCAGUGUCGCUGCAGCUUCUGCUACGCCAACGCUAAGUGGGUUAGAGGCUGAGGUAGGCUCUUUUGGUGGUGAUGGUGGCACUGGAAGGUGGCCUCGACAAGAGACUUUAACACUUCUUGAGAUCAGAUCUCGUCUUGAUUCCAAGUUUAAGGAGGCUAAUCAAAAGGGUCCUUUGUGGGAUGAGGUUUCUAGGAUCAUGUCUGAGGAGCAUGGGUAUCAGAGAAGUGGCAAGAAAUGCAGGGAAAAGUUUGAAAACUUGUACAAGUACUACAAGAAGACUAAGGAAGGAAAAGCAGGAAGACAAGAUGGUAAGCACUAUAGAUUCUUUAGGCAACUUGAAGCUCUUUAUGGAGAGACAAACAAUCCUGCCUCAUUUCCAGAAACCCAAUUUGUUGGAAGUAGUCAUCGAUUUCACACAGGUACUCAAGCAAACAAUGAGAUCUUUCAUUCUCAAAAGCUUUGUAAUAGUCAUAGUCUCUCCAACUCCUCCGAAUUCGAUACCUCUUCUUCUGAGGACAAUGAUCUAAGCACGGCUACAUUAGUGGAGAAUGAUUCAACAGAAAAGAGAAGGAAGAGAAGAGAUGGAAAGAGCUGGAAGGCAAAGAUAAAAGACUUUAUCGAUUCGCAGAUGAGGAAGCUAAUUGAGAGGCAAGAGGCAUGGUUGGAGAAAUUGACAAAGACCAUGGAGCAAAAGGAGCAAGAGAGAACUUUCAGAGAGGAAGAAUGGAGGAAACAAGAAGCUGCCAGGUUAGAUAGAGAGCAGAAGUUUUGGGCUAAGGAGCGAGCCUGGAUCGAGGCUCGUGAUGCUGCUUUAAUGGAAACCUUGCGAAAAUUAACAGGAAGAGAAACAAAUGCUUCGUCUCCCGAAGAACUGAUGAGGGCUCAUGAGAUUCAAAAUCAAAGAGAAAAUGGGAUUGAAAAUGGAAGUGAAAGAGCACAAUGCGAUAGCUGGACAGAAGCUGAAGUUACAAGACUAAUGCAAUUGAGAAGUAACAUGGGAUCAAGGUUUCAGCAAAAUGGGUGCAUGGACGAGGAGGAGGCUUUAUGGGAGGACAUAUCUGCAAAGAUGGCUUGUAUGGGCUAUGAAAGGAGUGCCUUGAUGUGCAAGGAGAAAUGGGAUAGCAUCAACAAUUAUACAAGGAAAACCAAGGAGGGUAGCAAUAAGAAACGCAAGGAGAAUUCAAGAGGCUGUUGUUACUUCCAAAACAAUGAGUCUAUAUACAAUCCUGCAGGAGAUUAUUGUGAGAUCAACGAACAAGGACCAGAAACAGUGAGGCUUCAAGCAAAUGAAGGUUGUUCACCAGCAAAUUCUAAUGCUGGAAAUGCAGUGAGUGAUAGCUGCUUUCGAUACUUGAUGGGGGAUGGGGGGGAGAACUUGUGGGAGAAUUAUGGGUUGAAGCUUAGUAAAGGAGAUCAAAAUUAGUAAAUCCCUAAUUCUCACUGACAUUUUGUUUAGUUGGUCUACUAAUCAGGAUCCAAGGAGAUGACAAUGUCGAGGUGAGAAAUUGAUUAAUUAAAAGAGGUACAGGAAUUGUCACAUAGGGGACCUGAUUGCAGUCUGUAAGCAAGGGGAAGCUGACUGAGGAUUUAAGUAUAUUGGGAUUGGUGUUUAUCGUUUAAUGGGUCUUAUUAAUUAUAUGGAGAUCAUUUAAGAGUAAAAAAAUAAUGGUUUUUUUUUUUUUUUUUUUUCAUGAUAGCUGGAGGAGGAAGAGGAAGAGGAAGAGGUUGCAAUGUUGCUAGUAGUCUUGUUGGGCUCUCAAUCUAACAAUUUUCUUUUGAGGUUCUCCAAUUUGUGCUAAAA